AUGCGUUUCAUUCAAAUCGUGGCGUCCGCUGCGGCGCUUGCCACCACAGUUGUUGCCGGUGGUGGUGGUGAAUACGACAACAAGCACGAGGAGCACGGGUACGAACCUCCAAAGUAUGAGCCUCCGAAAUAUGAGCCUCCGAAGUAUGAGCCUCCCAAAUACGAGCCUCCCAAGCCCCAGCCUCCCGUGUACGAGCCUCCCAAGAACAUUACCAAGUACACUACUGUCAUUACUACUGACUAUACGACGUUCUGUCCUACCCCGACUGUUAUCCCCAUUAACAGCAUUACUUACACGGUCACCGAGCCAACCACCUUGACCAUCACCAACUGUCCUUGCACUUUCACUCACCCGGUUCCGCCGCCGCCUCCUCCUCCUCCUCCUCCACCUCCCCCUCCUCCACCACACGUUAAUACCACACGGCUGCCUCCUCCUCCUCCUCCUCCUCCUGUUACCACGGAGGUUCCCCCUCCCCCGCCUCCUCCUCCUGUCACCACUGUGGUUCCUCCCCCUGAGACUACUGAGGCUCCUCCUCCUCCUCCGGAAACCGUCGUCCCACCCCCAGAAACUGUGGUCCCACCUCCAGAGACCGUCGUCCCUCCCCCGAAUACCGUUGUCCCACCUCCGGAGACUGUUAUUCCACCUCCGGAGACUGUUGUUCCACCUCCGGAGACUGUUGUUCCACCUCCGGAGACUGUUGUUCCACCUCCGGAGACCGUUGUCCCACCUCCGGAGACCGUGGUUCCUCCCCCUGAGACUACUGAGGCUCCUCCUCCUCCCCCGGAGACCGUCGUCCCACCCCCAGAAACUGUGGUCCCACCUCCGGAGACCGUGGUCCCUCCCCCGGCGAGCACUGAGGCUCCUCCGCCACCUCCGGCCACUGGCACCACUCCUCCGCUUAUCCCCACCGCUGCUGCCGACAAGACCAACGCUGGCAUUGGGGCUCUCGUCCUCGCCGGUCUUGCCGCUUUUGCUCUCUAA